AGUUUAAUUACGUGCCUGGGAAUUGCGCCGAUUUACACUUUAGCCUUUGAACAAAGUGCCGUUAGCGUGGAGUGGGGCUGGUGAAAAGGGAGGCGAAUGUGCGGUUUGGAAACCAAAGAACAAUAAGCGCUUUCUCUCUCUCCACACGAAACCGUCCCGCGGGCUGGGCGGCCGCCCCUGGACCAUCCGGAGAGAACAUGGCGGCGUCCGGAGCCCGGAGCUGCAACCUCUCGGGCCUGCUCCCGGCUCAGACCUCACUGGAGUACGCCCUGCUCGACGCCGUGACCCAGGAGGAGAAGGACGGCCUGGUCUACCAGUAUCUGCAGAAGGUGGACGGCUGGGAGCAGGACUUGUCGGUGCCCGAGUUUCCGGAAGGAUUAGAAUGGCUGAAUACGGAAGAACCUAUUUCGGUCUACAAGGAUCUAUGUGGAAAAGUGGUCGUCCUUGAUUUCUUCACCUACUGCUGCAUAAAUUGUAUUCACCUGUUGCCUGAUCUUCAUGCAUUAGAACACACAUACUCUGAUAAAGAUGGUCUUUUGAUUGUUGGUGUUCACUCGGCUAAGUUUCCAAAUGAAAAAGUCCUGGAUAAUAUUAGGAGUGCUGUUCUUCGAUACAACAUCACCCACCCUGUGGUUAAUGAUGCAGAUGCCAGCCUUUGGCAAGAACUAGAAGUUUCCUGCUGGCCAACUCUGAUCAUACUUGGACCCCGUGGAAAUAUGUUGUUUUCUUUGAUUGGAGAAGGACAUAAAGAGAAAUUAUUUUUAUAUACUUCAAUAGCUUUAAAGUAUUACAAAGACAGGGGACAGAUCAGAGCUAAUAAAAUUGGAAUAAAACUCUAUAAAGAUUCCUUGCCACCGUCACCAUUGCUGUUUCCUGGCAAAAUAACAGUGGACCAUGUUUCUAAUAGACUGGUAAUAGCAGACACUGGACAUCAUAGAAUUUUGGUCGUCUGGAAGAAUGGACAAAUUCAGUACAGCAUUGGAGGACCCAACCCUGGAAGAAAAGAUGGAAUCUUUUCAGAGUCAAGUUUUAACUCACCACAAGGUGUAGCCAUAAUGAAUAAUACCAUAUAUGUGGCAGAUACAGAAAAUCACCUUAUAAGAAAGAUUGACCUAGAAGCUGAGAUGGUGAGCACUGUGGCUGGAAUUGGAAUUCAAGGUACAGAUAAAGAAGGUGGAGCUAAAGGAGAUGAACAGCCCAUUAGUUCCCCUUGGGAUGUAGUUUUUGGAAGGUCAGGUUCAGAAGUCCAAAGAGAUAACAUUCUGUGGAUAGCCAUGGCAGGGACUCAUCAGAUAUGGGCACUCUUGUUGGACUGUGGCAGAUUACCAAAGAAAAACGAGUUAAAAGAAGGAACCUGUCUUCGGUUUGCUGGAAGUGGAAAUGAAGAGAAUCGAAACAAUGCAUACCCUCACAAGGCAGGCUUUGCCCAGCCUUCGGGCCUGUCUCUGGCCUCAGAGGAUCCCUGGCGCUGCCUGUUCGUGGCAGAUAGUGAGAGCAGCACAGUGAGAACUGUCUCGCUGAAAGAUGGGGCAGUGAAGCACCUCGUGGGAGGAGAGAGAGAUCCCAUGAAUUUAUUUGCUUUUGGUGAUGUUGAUGGAGUAGGAAUCAGUGCAAGGCUUCAGCACCCACUUGGAGUAACUUGGGACAAGAAAAGGAAUUUACUGUACGUGGCAGACUCUUACAAUCACAAGAUUAAAGUUGUGGAUCCAAAAACAAAAAACUGUACAACAUUAGCAGGAACUGGUAAUGCAAGUAAUAUUAUCAGUUCCAGUUUUACUGACUCAACUUUUAAUGAACCAGGAGGCUUGUGUAUUGGAGAGAAUGGUGAAUUAUUAUAUGUGGCAGACACCAAUAACCAUCAAAUUAAAGUGUUGGAUUUAGAAACCAAAACAGUUUCCGUGUUCCCAGUCUUCACAUCUGAAAAUGCUGUGGUGGAUGGUCCAUGUCUAGCAGAAAAACCAAAGACCUUACCCAAACUUCCUAAAUCUGCUCCGGGCGUUAGACUUUCCCCCGUGGCUGCGUGUCCCGGACAGACUCUUCAGUUCAAGCUGAGACUAGACCUCCCAUCAGGAACAAAGCUGACGGAGGGAGCGUCCAGUUGCUGGUUUCUGUCAGCUGAAGGCAAUGAAUGGCUUCUUCAAGGACAGAUACCAUCUGGAGAGAUAGAGAGCAUUUCCAAUCAACCAACAAUCUCACUGCAGAUUCCUGGAGAUUGUUUAUCACUUGAGGCCAUUCUGUCUAUCAGCGUGUUUCUCUAUUACUGUAGUGCAGACAGUAGUGCCUGUAUGAUGAAGGGAAUUUUGUUCAGUCAGCCUUUACAAAUAACUGAUACACAGCAAGACUGCAUACCUCCAGUAGAACUCAAGUAUAUAUUUUAGCAAGCUGACUAGCAACCCAGUGCCGCCUCUUCUCAAUAUCCCCACCAUCACUGUAAUUUAUGAAAAGAAACUUUAUUUCUGCUUCUGUGUACCCAGAAACCCAUUGUUCAGUUCUAGCAACUUAUAUUAAAGUAUGCUGCUUAUUUAAUUAUUUAUUAUAGACAAAUUCCUUCAUUCUGGCUGUGUAGCAGCAAAGUCACUGACCAUGAUUCCAACCAUGAUUCUGUAAUCUGGGCUGUUACUUGGCACAAGACUUAAGUCCAUGUUACAGGAAAGAUAAUUUUCAGUGAAUACUGAUAACAAUAAUGAUACCAAAUAUUUUAACUAACUUUUUUACCUUUUAUGAAGCAGCACAUCUGAAUGUGUAAAUUUCACAGUAACUUUAAACAGCGCUUAAGAUCCAGUCUACGUGUUGGUAUAAGGACACCUGCCAUUCAAGGUGUAAGGUCUGUUUUAGGUCAAGAAAAAAAAUGUCUUUUCAUCACAGUAGUAGCUUAAAGAGCAUCUAGGUGGUAAAAAUGUUCCUUGUUCUCUUCUGUGAUUUUCUCAUUUGAGAUAUAUUUAUGGUUAUAAAUUAUUUGCUAUUUUAGCAUACCAUUAUUAAUGGUAUGUUAAAUAUUCUGUAUAUUUCUAUAUACAGAAAAUAUAUUUCUAUAUUUCUGGAAGUUAGAGUCUCUAAGGACAUAUACAGACUCCUUUUAACGUUUUUCUGAAUGAACAGUUUUAGUAAUGAAUAAACAGUCAGCAAUGAAUGACUCCUUAGAAAUACUAUGACUUUCAAGGAGAAAGGGACUUCAGAACACAUUACUGCAUGUGACACCACUUAAUGGUAAAGAAUUAAUUGUUACCGCUAAGUCCAAUGCAAAUGGGUAUGUGUGUUGUAUUAGAAAUUUACAUUUCAGUUGAAGCAUUAAAUGCAGAUUUGCCAGGUUUGAGGGUUUUUUGGUUCCCAUAUUGAGAAUUUAAAUGAUCGUUGUUGUGAUGUUUUUAAAAAUAGCUGUUAAGCCUUCAAGGUGAAAAUUUCAAUAUGAAGCACUUUUAUGCUUUCAUUAUGUAUAGUAUCUUAAUAUAUUACUUUAACAUAUUAAGGCUGAAACAUACAGUGACUUGCUGAUCCUGUUUUUGGUAUGUUUUUUUCUAACCUUAAAAGAAAUAGUCACCAGAAGAUUUUGGAAAAGUUUUUUUUUUCAGUGAUGCUUUCUCUUUAUAACUAUUUUAAAAGACUGCUUGUUUUUACUAAAAGUGAUUCCACAUGUUUGUGGUUUAAUCAGCUUACAAGAUUUUAAAAACAACAGGUGAAUCAUACUUAUUCAGUAAAUAUUUAUAGACAAUAUAACAUAAUACACCUUCUUGCUUCAAAACCAGUGCACAAUUUGAAUUGUAAUUUUUUAAGCAUAAUCAUCUGCCCAUAUAUUUAUAUUCUUUUGAAAUAUAGUUUUGAACAUACUAUUUCAGAUUACCUAAAUAUGAAGUAGGGGAAUGCAUAGAUCAUGACUAUUUAAUUUGUAGCCUCCUAAAGCUAUUUUUAAAGAGAAGAAUGUAAAGUUAAAAGAAAUCCUGUUUAAAAUUAUAUAUGUAUAUGCAUAUAUAUAUAUAUAUAUAUAAGUACCUCAUAAACCUUUUCUCUCCAUAAAAAAAAAUGUUCUGUAAUAAAAGAAUGUAUAAUAUUGACAUUCUCUUUUAUGGAGAAUAGGCUGUAGUCAUUUUUAAAAUCUCAUUUUAUUAUUAUACUUCUCAUUUCCAGCUGGACAGAAUGAAAAUAGUUUGACUUAAUUUUUUCCUAUUUAAGGACAUAAACAAUUUCACUCUCUGAAGAAAAUAUAUACACUUUUAACUCGCUAAUUCAGGAAUGCUUGAUAAUUAUUUUUGCAGUAUUAUGCAUGAACUUACACACAGUAUAUAUUUUCAUGUACAUUAAAAUCCAAAAAUAUUUCUAGAAUAUACUAAUGUUCAUUUUGUCUGUAUAGAGUUUUCUGUUAGUAUUAAGCUUAUACUCUUCUUGAUUUUUAACUACAGUUCUAUUGAACAUUCUUAUUCUUACCCAUCCAGUAAUCUACAUUGUUUUUCACAUUUAAAAUACUAUGUAUAGAUAUUACAUGAUUUUUUGUAAAUCAUGUUAAGCAAUAUAAAUAGGUUCUUAGAAUUUAUGACUAACAUAAUAAACCUCUUACAUAAGAGAGAGCACUAGAAAGUUCAUUUUUAAAAACUUUUGUGAUUCCUGACUCUGUUUUUAAAUUUAUGGCAUGAAGAAAAGCAAAAGUUAUGUUCAGUGAUAGUUUGAAAAACUAUUUUAGUGUUAGUCACCAUAAUCAAAAUGCCAGUAAUGUGGCAUUACAUACACUUAGACAUAGUACCUAGAAUCUUUGCCCUAAAUUAUUCUGCUUCUUUGUCACUGUUUUUUCCAACAUUCUUUAUAUCACUUCACAAAUGGUAAAAUUUUCUUUUCUGUAUUUAUACUCAGGAUUGAUAUCUCCAAAAAGAAUUUUGGUUAUCUUGGAAAUGCUCAAGCAAAUAUUUAACCUGUCCACAAGGGAAAACUUUACAGUUUAAUCACCCGUAGGUGUAACUUUGACAAAGUUCAAUGACUAAGCAACUUUCUCCUAAACUAUUGUAAUAAUAUAUUUACCUAUAGUAUUAUCAGGCCUGCAGAAAGCUAUAAAUCUUAACACAGCCCCCAAAAAGCUUAGUAUAUGUAGAUAAAUGUACGUGUCUAUAUACUUACACAGAUACAAAGAUCAACUAAAUUUCUCACAUAGCCAGUAUAGUCUGGAGAUAGUACCACUGAGAUAAGUUGCUCUCUGCUUGCUUUUUCAAAGUUGGAAAAUUUGGGAAGACAUUAACAUUACAUACCUCUGUAAUAUAGUAAUUUUCUACUUGCCUAACAUUUAGUAUUAGUUUAUAUCUGUCGAUUAGAAACAGUCUAACCAUUAUAUUUGACAUAGGAACAGUCAUCAAAAACUAAAUUUCUUAACUCAUGAAUUGCAUGAAAAUAUAUGCAAAGGGACUGUGUCAUGUGGUGGGCUGUGAGUGGUGGAAUUGUGAAUAUUUUCAGCUUUUUCUGUUUUUUUUUAAUUGUAGAGUUGUGAAUAUUUUCUACUUUUUCAUUUUUUUUAAUUGAGCAAUGGGUUAUUUAAAAAAAAACUGGGAAUAUGCUUUUAAAGACUUAAAAUGAACUGAACAGUAAGAACUAAUUACAUAAUAACUUUUUCUGAAGUCACUUUUAUCAAGAAAGAUCAGAACUCAGUUUAGAGCUCUUUGAUCUACCAGUUCUCUUCAGUUUGUGGUUUGGUGGAGACAAAAAUAAUUGUGGCUUUUGCUGCUAGUAUUUUUAUUGUGUGAUGUAGUAGUGUUUCUGAACACAGACUCUGCGGUCACUUGGGUUCUGCCCUGUAAAAUGGGGUCGCUGUAAGGGCUCAGUGAAAUAGUAUUUGUAGAGCAGUUAGUAGAUAAUGAAACUGCCAGUUAUCAGUCAUGAAUAAUAAUGAUAAUAAUUUAUGACCAUAAAACACAUGGCUUCACACUUUCUUUGCAACUGCAGUUUCUAAAGGAAACUAUUCCUCUACCAACUGUGUGGUAUGUUAAUACUCUCUGCAGUGCUGGGAUUCAAGAAGAGAAAUAGUUUUAUAAUAAAUAUAUUACUGUUUUAUAAACAAUGUUAUAAAGAAACAAACCUCCAGUUUUAAGAAGUUUUUUAAGACCUGUAAUGAUGACUGAUGAACUUCCUUUGAGAAAGUCCAGAUAUACCCUAAACCAUGUUCCUGGAAUAUCCACUGAUGGUGCUUUUCCAAGCCUUCCAAGUGCCUUCAUGCAUUUUGCCUCACAAGUCAGACAGGUAGAUCUUAUGUCCAUUUUACAGAUGAGGAAGCAACUUUAAAAUGUUGGCUUCAUGUCUCAAGUUCAGCACUCCCCGAAUAACUGCCUGAUGCUGGAGAGGUGCCCGGUGCAGGCAGUUGCUCAGCCAGUUUUGUUGAAUGAUUGAGAGUGACUAGUGGGUGAUGGAUCUUCUAUUUGAACACAGAUCUCCUAAUUUCUAGCUCUACUUCUAGACAUAGAGUGAAAACAAACUGGGAUUAAGAGUAUUUAUUUUUGUGAAUGCUUUCUUAAGCCUUUGCAGUAUUUGAAUAAAGUUAUAAGAAUAAUAGCUAAAUCUAUUCAGUGCUAACUAUGUGCCUGGCACUUUUCUAAGUGCUGUCUGUGUAUUAACUAAUUUAAUCCUCACAACCACCUUAUGAGAGAGGUUCUAGUUUUCCUUAUUUCUCUGAUGAGGAAACUGAGACACAAAGAAGUGGUAACCAAUUAGACCAGCGUAAUUGAGAUCAGACAUUUAGGACUGACCCAACCUGGGUGCAUCUACUCAACUACCAUGCUUUUAUGCCUGCCUUUAAAAGUGUUUGUUCGGUUUUUUUAAAGCAUAAAUCUUCCAUAGUUAUAUAUAGUAACUAAUCAACCCAAAGAACUUCAAAAGUCCUAGUAGGGAUUGUUUUUGAAGUUUAAAGUAAAUCCAUUUAAUUAUAUCAGCUUUUUGGACUUUUCGUUAUACAUAGUUACCCUUCAGGGUUUGGAACAGUCUGUAUAAUUGUUUCUCUCAGAAGAUUUUAUGUGCCAUUCUUUCUUAAAUUCAGAUAUUAUCAAGAGUUUUUCUUGGCAGAUGGAUGUAUUAAAGAACUAACUAGCCAUUCAGUAUUAGUUCCAACAAUGCUAUUUUAAUUGGUCUUCAGAAGGUAAUUAUAAGACCUUGUCACAAGUAUAACUUUAUUCUUAGUACAGGACUGUCUCAAACCUUUGAAAGCUUGUUCAUAUUUAAGAAAAUAACUGUUUUAAUGACCAAAGUGAGCUAUAGAAACAUAAUACUCUGCCCAUCUGUUAACACACAGAAUCAUCUGCCUACUUGAUUCAUAACUACUGCAGUAUAUAGACCUUACCCCACUCUGCCCCCCAGGACUCAAGAUAUACGCAGUUCCAUUCUAGUAAAGUUUUCACCAGAUCAACCUAUUAUUCCAGCUUUAGGUACUAUUAAAAGGUCUGAAGUAGAAUGCUGCCUACCACGGAUUAUGAUUCAUGAGCAUCCAGUUACAAGAAUGUAAAUGUUUUUCAUUUAUCAUCUGCUAAUUUAAGUGUUACUAGAAUUUGUUAAUAUUGUUAUAAAAUUCCAAAUCAGAAAUCUAUAAGGAAAUGUGCAUCAACUUUAAGACAUGGCAGUGUUAUACUUUACAAGUAGAAUUAACUGUUAAUCACCAAGAUUUCCUCCUUUUCUCUUCCAGUGGCACACAGUUUAUUUAAAUGAAUUCACAGUAACCAUAAAUCAUGAUUUUGUUCUGAAUAUUUAAAAGUGUGUCCCCAGCCCCCUCUUUUCCUUGCAGUAGGAUAAUAGAAAGCAUGCCUUUAAGAGCUAGAGGCUGGACUAGCCUCCUGUGUGUAUUCCAUGCCCUGCACACCUUGGCCCUUUCAUGUAUUAUUAGACUGAGGGUCAGCCUGGCUGGUUUGGGCCAGGGCUGCCAGUCUGACCGCAGCCUGGGAAAAGCAGAGCAGGAGGCGGCGCGGCCGGCUUCUCUGACUGCAUCCCCUGUGUUUCUCGGUGUGCGGGUUCGGUUUAGUUUUUGUCAGAAGUUGGAGUUGGAAAGUGAGAACCCUAGAUACCUGUGGACUGUCAGCCUGGCUGUAGUUAUUGCUUGUUUGGGAUGUCCCUUUUCCACACUGGCAUGUCACUCUCAAGUGGACCAAAGGACAUUUUAUUCUGUUGAAAGCCCCGUGAUCAAAAGGAAAGAAUUGUAAGUACUUCCAAAUCUACUUCCUGGCCUGUACCAACCAUAUCCUGAAAAGCCCUGAACAAGCUUGGUGAAGCACUAAGCAGCCACAUACUCGCAAGCAUUUUUGGAACAUGUCAGGGCAUGGUAUGAAUUCCUUCCUCUUAAAGGAGCAACUUUCAGAGCUGGUGUUUUUCAGUAGUACAGAAUUAAGCAAAAUUGUCAGAUUUUUUUAUGAGUUAAAGGGACAGUGGAAUUUAUUACCUUUUGCCUUUAAUAUACUGGGUUACAUAUUUAUGUUUGAAAUGAGGCCUCAUAAUAGAGGGGGGAAAAGCAAUCCUCAAAUUUGAAUAGAACCAGUUUAAAUAGUAUUUUUGAUUAUCUAGUGUGCUAUGCUCAUAAAAAAUAUGUGUUAAGGUAUAUAGGGUAAAACAGUUGAUAAAUUAUGAUAAUGAAAGGUAAAAAUAGACACAUUAAUUUCUGAAAAUGAAGACAGGCUCAGUCUUGGAACUAUCUUCUAUUUUUAGAUUUUUGUCAUCAUCAUUCUUAGUCCCACCAGAUAUGUGUUAACUCUGUGAGCAUGUGCAGAAUGGGCUACCUGUUGUGUUCAUUACAUGUUCAGAUGCUAACAAGUGUGUGUGUGGAGUUGGAAUGUACUUUCUCUGUGUGCCUCUGAUGUUCAUCACCCAAAUUUACCUGUAGAAAUACAUAGCACAUCCACUCCACACCUUAGGCUUCCCUCUCUUUGAAAACAGUAGUGUCUGUAGAAGUUGCAAUGAGGAACUAUAUAGUUCCACAAAUGACAGAUACAGUAGAUUGGUUUUGUUGUGGUAAAUUUUUUUUUCUAAAAUUCUUCAUAUGUCCAUUUCUAAAGAAGGAGAACAGUGUGCUACAUGACUUUAAAAUCAAUUUUACUCUACUUGAAGUUAUAUGUUUCUAAUUAUGUUAUACAUAGGUUAAUAUUUUUUAAAGGUUUGAAGUUUUCACUGUUAGCAUGCAUUGAGAGUCAGUUUAGAAAUGCUUUAAUUGCUGUCAUCACUUUACAUGUGGGUUAUGGAUUAAUCAAAGUUUGCUGUGAUACAUAUAUAUCACAUACAUACACAUAUACAUACAUAUAUACACACAAUCACUUUCAAAUUGUAACAUUUUCAUAAAUUUGUCAAGUUUUAAAAACUCAGACUCUUCCCCUCGUGUGUGUGUGUUAAGUUGUGGUUUUAUCUUUGAGAAUAGUGUUGGUCUGCUGUGCUGACUUCACCUCUGUCAUUCCAAGAGUUUGAUUAUAUCUAAUUUUUCUUCAAAGAUAAAGAAUGCGAUUGAAAUCCAAUUUACAGGAUCAUGUAUUAGACUUAGUUGAGUUCUAAAAGAAUUGACUUGGUCUGCAUUUGUGAGCAUUUCAUGUAGAUAGAGUAAUAUAUUUUUGUACAACACUGUAUUUCUACAUUUAUUUCAAGUCUGUUUUCAGUGACUUUUUCAAGUACAUGUGUUAAGAUGGUUUGGAAUGAGAGCACAGUAGCCUUCAUUUCCAACUCAAAAGAAGUGUAUAAUACAUGUGAUUAUAGAAAACCAGAAUGUUUAUACUGUACACUGAAACCUAAUGCCUCUUUUCUAAAGCUUUGUAUAUUUUUUUUUCAUGAAAUUGAUUAAAUAUUUUCCCUCUAACGCUA